AAUUGUCGCGGGGGGAGUCGAGGCGGGCGCGGGAGACCGAGCGCCUCGGGGGGAGGGAAGAGCACGUUUGCUACGCCACGCCUCUCCUUCCCCGCUGCAUUGUGGGAUAGUGGCGUCCCAGUUCGAGCUCCUACCUUCUCUUCCCUUUCCCACCCGCCCUCAGCCAACCUCUCCGCUUCUGGAGGGGGUGGGGGCCCGGUCAAGGCUACGGAGGCCGGGAAGAGCCGCGCCGGAAGAGAAAGGCGGCAAGGGGGGUGCUGUUUGUCCCAGCUGCCGCCAUGGCUGCUCAUCUAAAGAAGCGAGUAUAUGAAGAGUUCACCAAGGUCGUGCAGCAACAGCAUGAAGAGAUUGCAACCAAGAAACUCCGGCUGACAAAACCAAGUAAAUCGGCUGCACUCCACAUAGAUCUCUGCAAAGCCACUUCACCAGCAGAUGCCUUGCAGUAUCUCCUUCAAUUUGCUCGGAAACCAGUGGAGGCAGAGAGUGUGGAGGGAGUAGUCAGAAUUCUCUUGGAACAUUAUUACAAGGAAAAUGAUGCAUCUGUGAGACUGAAAAUAGCUUCAUUGUUGGGGUUGUUAUCAAAGACAGCAGGAUUCUCACCAGACUGUAUCAUGGAUGAUGCUAUUAACACCCUUCAGAAUGAAAAAUCUCAUCAAGUCCUUGCUCAGCUUCUGGACACACUGUUGGCAAUUGGAACUAAACUUCCAGAGAAUCCAGCUGUUCAAGCUCGACUGAUUGAUGUUGCCUGCAAGCAUCUCACUGACACCUCUCAUGGGGUAAGAAACAAGUGCCUGCAAUUACUUGGCAAUCUGGGCUCUUUGGAGAAAAAUGUUGCCAAGGAUGCUGAAGGCCUGGCUACCAAAGACGUUCAGAAGAUUAUAGGGGAUUAUUUCGUGGAUCAGGACCCUCGUGUACGGACAGCAGCUAUAAAAGCAAUGUUGCAGCUUCACGAAAGAGGACUGAAAUUACAUCAAACAAUUUACAACCAGGCCUGUAAAUUGCUCUCUGAUGAUUAUGAACAAGUUCGAAGUGCUGCUGUUCAGUUGAUUUGGGUCCUUAGUCAGCUCUAUCCUGAAAGCAUUGUCCCCAUUCCUUCUUCUAAUGAGGAAAUUCGCUUAGUUGAUGAUGCUUUUGGAAAAAUUUGUCAUAUGGUCAGUGAUGGGUCUUGGGUGGUUCGAGUCCAAGCAGCAAAGCUUUUGGGUUCCAUGGGGCAAGUCAGUUCCCAUUUCUUGGAGCAGACCCUUGAUAAGAAGCUCAUGUCGGAUUUGAGGCGGAAACGCACAGCACAUGAGCGUGCCAAAGAACUGUACAGCUCAGGGGAGUUUUCUAGUGGCAGAAAAUGGGGCGAUGAUGCCCCCAAAGAGGAAAUAGACACAGGUGCUGUGAACUUGAUUGAAUCUGGAGCUUGUGGAGCCUUUGUCCAUGGGUUGGAAGAUGAAAUGUAUGAGGUCCGGAUUGCAGCAGUCGAGGCUCUCUGCAUGCUGGCCCAGUCUUCGCCAUCUUUUGCAGAGAAGUGCCUUGAUUUUUUAGUAGAUAUGUUCAAUGAUGAAAUUGAAGAGGUGCGCCUCCAGUCAAUUCACACCAUGAGAAAGAUUUCUAAUAACAUUACACUCCGAGAGGAUCAGCUCGAUACAGUGCUGGCUGUCUUAGAGGAUUCCUCACGAGAUAUUCGAGAGGCUCUUCAUGAACUGCUGUGUUAUACAAAUGUAUCGACCAAAGAAGGGAUCCAUCUUGCACUGGUAGAGCUCCUGAAGAAUUUAGCUAAGUACCCAACAGAUAGAGAAUCUAUAUGGAAAUGUUUGAAGUUUCUGGGAGGUAGACAUCCAACACUGGUGCUUCCCCUUGUCCCAGACCUCCUGAGCACACAUCCAUUCUUUGAUACUGCUGAACCUGAUAUGGAUGACCCGGCCUAUAUUGCUGUGUUGGUUCUCAUCUUCAAUGCUGCGGAAACCUGCCCCACCAUGCCUGCCCUGUUCUCAGAUCAUACCUUCAGACACUAUGCUUACCUCCGUGACAGUCUUUCUCAUCUUGUUCCUGCCUUGAGAUUACCAGGUAGAAAACUACUAUCAUCACCUGUUUCCCCAAGCAUCACACCACAUGAAGACCCUUCCCAGCAGUUUCUACAGCAAAGCCUAGAAAGGGUGUAUAAUCUUCAGCACCUUGAUCCUCAGGGCACUCAGGAGCUGCUUCAGUUUACAAUCCGUGACCUGCAGAGACUUGGAGAACUUCAGUCUGACCUGGCAGGAGUAGCAGACUUUUCUGCAACUUAUCUUCGGUGUCAGCUGCUUCUCAUCAAGGCCUUGCAGGAAAAGCUAUGGAACAUGGCCGCUCCCCUCUAUCUGAAGCAGAGUGACAUGGCAUCAGCUGCUGCUAAACAGAUCAUGGAAGAAACAUACAAGAUGGAAUUCAUGUACAGUGGAGUGGAAAGCCGACAAGUGGUGAUCAUUCACCACAUGAGAUUGCAAGCCAAGGCAUUGCAGCUUAUAGUAACAGCACGGACCACUAGAGGAAUGGAGCCCCUUUUUGGAAUGUGUGAAAAAUUCUUACAAGAAGUGGACUUGUUUCAGAGAUGCUUCAUCUCCGAGUUGCCUCACUUGCAGGACAGCUUUGUAGACAAACUUCUAGACCUCAUGCCCCGACUGAUGACUUCCAAGCCUUCAGAAGUAGUAAAAAUUCUGCAGGCCACUCUUCGACAGAGUACUUUCCUUCACCUUCCCUUGCCAGAACAGAUCCACAGAGCAUCCGCCACAAUUAUUGAGCCGGCUGGCGAGUCAGACAACCCUCUGAGGUUUACCUCUGGGCUGGUGGUGGCACUGGACGUUGACGCGACUCUAGAGCAUGUGCAGGAUCCACAGACGAUUGUCAAAGUGCAGGUUUUAUAUCCUGAUGGUCAAGCGCAGAUAAUCCAUCCCAAACCAUCAGACUUCCGAAAUCCUGGGCCCGGAAGACACAGGCUGAUAACUCAGGUUUACCUCUCCCACGGCGCCUGGACAGAACCAUGUCAGAUUGAAGUGAGGCUGCUGUUGGCCUAUGAUUCUUCCACCCGAAUCCCCAGACCUGCUUGUUUGGACACUGCAGAAGCCUUGCCGCUGGUUGAGAACAGUAUUGAAGGAACCAUCCCUUUUAGCAAACCUGUCAAGGUUUAUAUCAUGCCUAAACCAGCUAGACGUUGAAAUCUACCCAUCUCUGAGGUUUUCGUGUGUAAAGCAGCACCCCAGGAGUGCAAGGGGAUUGACUCUGGUAACCCUGUCCUUUGCCUCUCCAGGGCAGAGCCCACAGGAAGAAGAGAGUGGUGACCUUUUCUCAGUUUUGUCACCGAGCAGUAGCCCAUGUUAUUACACCUCAACAAUUCAAACUUCUGUUGCUUUUUAUGCCCAGGAUAGGAUGACUAGGGCCACCUAGCAGCAAUGAAUGGACUGGGAAUGCCAUGGGACUCACAGGAUUACCCACAUACAUUUAGGCUGGAUUGUCAUAGCUUUCCUUAAGGACUGGUGCAUUAAGACUUUUGUUUUGCCCAGUUCAAAGCACAGGGUAAAGAAUUUUACAUUAAAACAACCAAAAAAUUUCAAGUCUACUUUUUUUUUUUUUUACAAUAAAUGUUGAGAAAAUCUUGAA